AUGACCAGCCUCGACAGUCUAUGCUAUUCUGCUUCGCUGCUCGCGGCAGGAUGGCUUGCGCACUUAUUCCCAAGCUCGACCGCUCAUGACCGGCCGAUCCAUCUCCUUAUUCUUGCGCUGACAGCUUGCGCCUUCGUGUUGCCCGCCGUCACGAAGGCUAUACCGAGGCUGUUUCAACCCUCCGAAACCCCUCUGGGAGACUAUACCGCUCUUCCUCUGGACGAUCUGGGACAUGCGGAUGGGAAACCUGACCCCCCUAGUUCUACUUCAACACGGCCUCGCCAAAGUGGCAAAGUGCGCAUCUCCCUGCUAGCAGCAGCAGUCUUUGCCCUUUGCUUCCGCAUCGAGCUCUAUCGGCGCAUCUCAGAGGCACCAGAAUGCACCAUCGACAGUGUGGAGGUCUUCCUGCCGUUUCUACUAGCUGGCUACGAUGCCUUGCGGACGCAGCGAACGCGGAAUAUUCAAGAGGAAGACAAGCCAGAAAGCAGUAUCUACGACAUUAUGCGCGAGAAAUUGCGUACAUACCUGCUUCAGCCACGGAUCCGAUAUCUGCCGUCCUUGUUUCUCGUGUCGUACGGUUGUUAUCGCGCCCAGGACAUGUGGCUCCCCCUGAAAUCAACAUACAUCUGUCCUAUCGUGACUGGUGAAAGCAAGAAGAUCCCGGCGUUCCAGUUCGCAGCACUAGCCGUGGACUUAUGUCUCGCCAUCAUAGUCUAUGAGACUUUGCCGAAGAAAGAUGGCAGAGGAUUAUCAGGCAGAAGAUGCGUGGUACUAUGGAGCUCUGUCAUGAUGGGCACCUCACUAAUAUGGUCAAUCGUGGCUCUUUGCCUCUAUAUCUUCAGGCCGGAGUCUCGCAAUUGGCUACUAUUCCUCGAGCCGUCACUAGAAGCCUGGACUGUGGCGGCAAUUCUAUGGCAUAUUUUACUAUUUUGCGUUUUGUGCAUUUCGAGCUUGCAUUGUAUAUUGAACUACGGCGUUCUGGACGUGACCCUUCAGCUGGCAGCUUUGAUUACUAUGAUACCUGCGGUCGAGUUUAUUUGGGAGCGCAAGAAUCCUUUCCCUCCCACACCAACUCUGACGACGCUUUCCCUUUUACUAGUCUUCCUUGGGCGAUGGAGCUAUCACCGCAUUCAAAGGGCGUUAGGGGAAAUGGACGUAAUAAACCCCGCGCGUCAAGUGUUCUUGUUCAUUCUUCUGUGUUGUCUCAUGGUCCCGGCAUGGUGGAAGAUGGGUUACGUGCACUUUCACCCCAUCGACCUGCUGAUCUAUGAUGCGACACUCCACCACAACGACUACAUAAAAUCCAUUGGCAACACUACAUCGUUGCUAGACAGUGUGACACGGUAUAAGCAGAGAUACAACCGUAACCCCCCGCCGGGGUUCGACAUCUGGUUUGAAUAUGCUAAGAACAAAUCUGCGUUACUCGUCGACGAAUUCGAUCAAAUCUACGAGGACUUGUUACCUUUUCGAGCAAUCCCGCCGGCUGACCUACGACGGCAAACCUGGGAGAUGGUCUCCAACCCUUGGAACGAAAUAUCAGGUAUCACAAUUCGCAACGGCAAAGCCACCGUCCAGGAUAAUGUCCUUCCCACCCAUCGGUGGAUGCUGGACGGUGUUGCGGUCUUGAUCAACAGCUUCGCUCCAUACCUACCAGACAUGGAUCUAGCCUUCAACUUGAAUGACGAGUCAAGGGUUGCAGUGCCAUACAGCGACCUCAAAUUUCUGCGAGAGAAGGGACGCUUGGAAGACCGGAGCGGCCGGUCGACUUGGUCGAAUGAUCGUGCUGCAGGUUGGUCGCCCAUACCAGAGCAUGAAUUCACCGAGACAGUUUUCCACGACAUGUCCUUCCGCAAUACGUUUCGCAAAUUUGGCUCUGUGGGAUGCAGCCCUUCCUCUCUGGCCAGGCGUUCUCCGCAUACUUCAUCUCGAGCGCACAUCUGUGGCUCCUGUGUCGCUCCUCACUCCCUCGGUCAAUUCGUGGGAAACUGGUCGGAUGCGGCAGAUAUCUGCCACCAACCAGACAUGGCUGAGUUGCAUGGGUUCUAUCUAUCCCCGGCAGCCUUCAAGACCUCUCACCAGCUUAUGCCGGUGUUUUCGCAGUCAAAGCCGCACGGCUUCAACGACAUUCUUUACCCCUCAGCCUGGAACUACAUGGACAAAGUGAUUUAUGCGCCCAGAGAGCCCCACGGGACGCCGGAAGAAGACAAUUACGAUCCCGGGUUUCCUGACCUGCCAUUCGAGCAGAAGGAGAACGUUCUUUUCUGGCGUGGUGCCACAUCAGAAGGAGUAUCUUCAGGAAACCAUGCGUGGCGCGGCAUGGCUCGCCAACGGCUCGUCCACAUGGCGAACAACCUCACCACCUCUUCCCACGACCACGUCACAGUCCUCCUGCCCAAUCCGGCCAACCAUGCGAAAUACAAGUACCAGGUCCUGCCUGGGCCAGCCGUGAAGGAACUAGGGUUGAACACCGACAUCGCAAUUGUUGACCGUAUCGCCCGCUGCGGCGGUGUCGGCCUCCACGAUUGCCACGACCAGGAAGCCGAAUUCAACCUCGUGGGUCCGACUGACUUCCAGGCCCACUGGCGGUACCGGUUCCUUUUUGAUUUGGACGGGGCCGGCUUCUCCGGCCGCUUCCUGCCCUUCCUGCAAUCUCGCUCACUACCGUUCAAGACGGCCCUCUUUCGAGAAUGGUACGACUCCCGCCUCACUCCGUGGCUGCACUUUGUGCCUCAGGACAUCCGACUGCACGGCGUAUGGAGCACGCUGGCCUACUUUGCCGGCGUCAACGGUACCAUGUUCGGCCAGAAUAUCCGCUGGCAACCACAUCUCAAGGAGGCCGACAUGAUUGCCCAAGCCGGCAGGGACUGGGCGGCCAAGGUCCUGCGGAAAGAGGAUAUGGAACUGUAUUUUUUCCGCCUGUUGCUGGAGUGGGGCCGCUUGACGGAUGAUCGGAGAGAUGAGCUGGGGUUCGAUCUUGACGUUUGA